CAGCCAACUUCACUCACGUCGUUGUCACUGAUUGCAAUUUUAAUAAAAAGGAAAGAAUUUUAUCACUUUUAAAAGACGUAGAAAGUGUAUGUGUCGUGGGAGAAACCCGAUUUACUUGCUAAAAACUUUUUAAAAACUCACUUUUUAACAGCCAAUCGAAAAAGCAAACCCUUAUACAAGGAAAUCAGACAAAAUGACGUCUAUGGAGCAAAAUCGUUUACAAAACUUCAAAAACAAAGGGAAAGACCAGGAUGAAAUGCGACGUCGGAGAAAUGAAGUCACCGUUGAGCUGAGGAAGAACAAGCGCGAAGAGACCAUUCUCAAGCGUCGCAAUGUGCCCAAUUUGGACUCGAACACAGAUGAGGAGGAGCAGUUGUCCUCGUCCAUUGACCUGAAGAAGCUGGCAAAGGCAGCCGCAGACGCCACCAAGCCGGAACAGCAACUGGCCGCUGUUCAGGCUGCCCGCAAGCUGCUGUCGUCGGACAAGAAUCCACCCAUCAACGAUCUGAUCCAAAGCGACAUUCUGCCCAUCCUGGUGGAGUGCCUCAAACAACACAAUCACACAAUGCUCCAGUUCGAGGCCGCCUGGGCCCUGACCAACAUUGCCUCUGGCACAUCGGCUCAGACCAACGAGGUUGUUGCCGCCGGUGCCGUGCCGCUCUUCCUUCAACUUCUCAACUCGCCCGCUCCCAAUGUUUGCGAACAAGCCGUGUGGGCCCUGGGCAACAUCAUAGGCGAUGGUCCUUUGCUCCGCGAUUUUGUCAUUAAGCACGGAGUCGUGCAGCCACUUUUGUCGUUCAUCAAGCCAGACAUCCCCAUCACAUUCUUGCGCAAUGUAACAUGGGUUAUUGUGAAUUUGUGCCGCAACAAGGAUCCGGCUCCCCCGACAGCCACCAUUCAUGAGAUCCUGCCCGCACUCAAUGUGCUCAUUCAUCACACCGACACGAACAUCCUGGUGGACACGGUCUGGGCCAUCAGCUAUUUGACUGACGGUGGCAACGAUCAGAUCCAGAUGGUCAUUGAAAGUGGAGUUGUACCCAAGCUGAUACCACUGCUGGGCAACAGCGAGGUCAAGGUACAGACAGCCGCACUGCGGGCUGUUGGCAAUAUUGUGACUGGAUCGGAUGAGCAGACACAGGUUGUGCUCAACUACGACGCGCUCUCCUACUUCCCGGGCCUGCUCUCGCAUCCCAAGGAGAAGAUCCGAAAGGAGGCGGUUUGGUUCCUUUCCAAUAUAACCGCUGGAAAUCAAUCGCAGGUGCAGGCCGUUAUUAACGUGGGUCUCCUGCCCAAAAUUAUCGAGAACCUAAGCAAGGGCGAGUUCCAGACACAGAAGGAGGCUGCCUGGGCCAUCAGCAAUCUGACCAUUAGCGGCAACCGCGAACAGGUCUUCACCUUGAUCAAGGAGGGCGUCAUUCCGCCAUUCUGUGACCUCCUUUCAUGCCAGGAUACGCAAGUUAUAAAUGUUGUUUUGGAUGGUCUGAACAAUAUGUUAAAAGUGGCCGAUUCUCAUGUUGAGGCGGUGGCCAACUGCAUUGAGGAAUGCGAGGGCCUGGCCAAGAUCGAGCGUCUGCAGAGCCACGAAAACGUUGAAAUCUACAAACUAGCUUAUGAGAUCAUCGAUCAAUACUUCACUGAUGAGGGCGAACAGACUAACAUGGCACCGACCUCCGACGGCGCACAAUACAAUUUCGAUCCACACGCCGAUAGGCUAACGAUGAACUCAUUUAACUUUUAACGAUUUAAUCAGAAAGCAGCCGCGCAGUAGCAGUGAAGUGAAAACCAAACACGUGCAACACCACAUAAUUUGGCGUUUAUUCGUACACAAUCGCUUGUGUAUGAACAAGCCCGACGAGCCGUCAACCAAUUCACAUAAUAAUAGCAUUAUAUUUUGUCCACCACACAGCAGCAAUUAGACAGCCGGGUUCGUUUUAGGGACGAGAAUAGGAACUCUGGAGGAUACACAACGGAUAAUCCGCUGCAGCCGUUUUAGCUUCUCUCAAUUCUGUGUUAACAAAAUUACAAAAUUCAGACAUACACACACUCUUGGGUGUGUGAAUGUGCAAUGCAAGGACUUCUCCGAUUGAAGCGACUCUGCUAUAGAUCAUCCAAAAUAUAAACACAGGAAUGAGAAACAGAUUUCAAAAAGAAUGUAGACCUAUUUGAUUUAUAUGAAAUUAUUUAAAUAUUUACGCUUCUGAUUUGUAAUUGAAAUUACAUAUGUAUACAUUUCUAACAUGAAAACGAUAAAAGCAAAAGGCAACUCAUCAUUUUGUUUCCAGGCAGAUAAGUUAAGCGGAAUUUUAUAAGAACAAGUGUGUCGCGUUUCAAGACCAGGCAUUCGAGUUGUCCGUCGGCCGAGCUGUUAAUAAUUAGCGUUUAUUUCAGCUAGUGCGUCACUUGAGCACGUUUCCCAUUAAUGCGCAAUUGCCCGUCUACCUGGCAGGGCAGCUGAAAAAUCGGCUUUCACAUGGCAACAGAUCGAGUAAAUAUUUGUAAACAAUCAGAUCGAAAAUCGAAUUCGGAUUGCAACAGAAGGGACUGGGCGUUUCCCUCAAUUGAGGGAUCAAAUUGUAUUAAUGACUUAUCUGCAAAGCAUCAGUUUCGCUAGUGUUCUGUAUACAGUAUAGGAUACUUUAAAUCAGUUAGAUUUAGUUGAGUGAUGUGAUGUAUGUUUUACUUUUAAAUCUUGAGGAGUGUGGGAAUAAAUAGCUCUUCAUUUUACUUU